CGCUGUACUUCGUAUUUAUCCAAUCUCCGAGUAGCAGUCACUGGCACAUUACUGCUCAGGAGCAGAAAUUGAGUCUAAACUUUUCAUGUGGGGAAACAGCGUAGAUUGAGUGUCUCUUUUUCCUCCCACCGUCCCCAUCAGUUCCUAUCUCCUAGUUCGUUAUUUAAAAAAAAUAAAAAUGCGCUUUCUUUGCACGGGCCCGCCACAGCUGGACUCAGUAGCAAUAGUCAAACGCAGGCGGGAGGACCUCGAGGAAAAGCAACAAAAAGAACUUCAAGCCAAAGGAGUUCUUGCUGCCGCCAUAUUCCUAAUCAAAACAAAUUCUGUCGUCGAAGUGAGUGAGCUAUGAAAAGAAACUGUCAAAGUCACCAAACACAGUGAACUUUUGUAAGAUGAAGAUCAUGAUAAAUAAGCUAUACUCUUGUCAACGGGGCGCGGGGCGGGCGCAACCCAAUGGACAAAAGCUUUCCAAUAGUCGAUGCUUGCUUGUUCUUCAAACUUAGUCUUUCCCUGUUUUGCGGACCUUUCAUCUCGCGUCGCACUGAUGUUUCCUAUCAUGGCGGGCCAGGCUUGGGGGGCGAGUCGUGGUAGUCCUGUUUCUUCAAGCGCGAUGUUCCCAUGAUGAAAAUGACGGAAGCUGCAGGCGCUGCACUAAGUAUGUUGAGUCAUGCGAGUGCAAGUAGCCAUGCUCAUCUUCUGGUUGGGGCCAAGAAUGAGAGGCAGAUUGCUUUCAUCAGCAGGACAGGAAGACAAGAAAAGCGAGGCUAUCUAGAAAUAGAAUCGUCGAGAAUCAGAACAGCAGUAGAUAUCACAAUGCAAAUCAUAAUGAAAGGAUUAUCGGGAGCGACGAUAAAUGUCCAUCAAUGGGAAUUGCGCCAUAUGUUAGUUUACCGGCCAGCCCCCGGCGGAGGCCGCCGGGGAGGGGGCUGUUCGGCGGAGGUGUUCCGGUGGGGAAGGCGGCGCCAAUCCAUCGCUGCCCGCCAAACAAGAAACAGAGAGCGCUGCCCGUAGUAGAUGGCGCGCGGGCGCGUCCUGCACUUGCAGGGCCGGCCCUGUUAGCUGUGCGCCGAGAGAAAAGGCGAGCAGGAUUUUUUUUCACCUGUAGCCGCAACAACUAACUUCACGACGCUACCGCGGCGGCGCACUUGCUGCCCCGCCGCGCGCGGGCGUUGUGAGUGUGAAGUUGCGGCCACCCUAGGUGGCCGCCCACGUUAAGGCGUGGCGCCGCGCCCCCUCUGGGGGACGCAGAGCGGCGCACUCACUUUGAACAGCCGCCCCGAUCUGAAAACAAAAGCAAGGCCGGCCGAUCUUUGCGCACGAGGCGGCGCGCGCAGACAAGCGGGCGUCGCUCCUGGAGAUGGUCCGGAAGAGGAUCCGGGAGAGGUCCCGAGAGGGUCCGUUGAGAGGUAGAGCAGAGGCUCCCGGAGAGGGUCGCGGUAGAGAGUCGCCUAGAGGGCCGCCCUAUACUACGCACCCUCUCCGACCCUCUUUCCCUGCCCUCUACUUGACCUCUCCCCAACCUCUACGUACCCUACCUCUGCGCGCGUAUAGCCCCGCUUUGGGGGCGUCUAUACGGCGCACCCUCUCCCGACCGUCUAUUUUAUCUCUCCGACCGUCUAUUUUACCUCUCGCGAACCUCUCCCAGACCUGUGCUGUACCCUCACCAGCCCCGUUUUCUUCCAUAUACAAUGAUAAUGAUAAUUCCCAUGGUGGAGGUGGAAACACAAGCAAUUAACAGUACAAUAAUGGCCGAAAAGGAAUCCGGAAAUCUGGACCGGACAAAAAGAAGGGAAUCCGCCCCUGGCAGGGGGGACCCCCGGGGGGUUCCCCCCCCCUGGACCCCCCCCUGGGACGUGGCGCGGUAAAUUUGUGCGAGAACAAGUUGUACAUACAAAAACAAUCGACGCGCACACGCAUGCGCGCAGCAGGAUUCUGCUGCUUAGGGCAUUGCGUUGCCCCGCCCCUGCCGAGUGGGGCGGCCAAAGGCCGCCGGCCGAAGGGUCGCACGCUUGCGCGAGGAGCUUGCCGGCUGGCAAACACCAAGAGGCCCACGCUGCCUUCUCUGUUCCCCCCGGGUUGAUGCGUGCGGCCACGCGUCCUGUUUUGCCCUUUUGGGCGGCCGAAGGCCGCCGGCCGAUGGUUCGCUCCUCUGUCGCCCGUCCGAGGUUAGUAUGAAUCCCGUGGCCCGUGUUAUAGCAAGGACAACAGCAAGAAAGCCUGGGCGCAUUCGAAGGGUUAGCUUGGGAACCAACAAAGUAAGCUGGGGCGCAAGCCGGCAACCAACGGCGCACGGGGCGGUCAGUAAGAGGGCCGGCCCGCUCGGAAGCAAGCGGCCCGCCUGCAAUUUUUUCGUGCCCUCCCCUUGCGCUAUCGGUUAGUCUAUUAUUUUGAGGCGCGCCCCCCUUUUUGUGGUCCGUCUCUCUUUCUCCCAACACCAUCGGCAUCACCCUACCUGCUUUUAUUCGUUCCGGUCCAGACUCUUAGGACCGGCCACCAAGGGGUCGCCCUUUAGAGCGACCCAAAUCUUGUAACUAUGUAUAACAAGCAAUAGCGUUAGCGUAGUUCUAGCCUGGCCCUGGGCCAUUUCUUCCCGG